AUGGUGAUGCAUUCCCUUAACCUCUCUGGUCCAAGUCUAAGGCCCAUUCAAGCCCUAAAGCAGAAGACUAUAAAUUAUUCAGGGGGCGGGGCAGGUUGGAAAGUAGGAGGAGCUAUUUGCACGCCCUACUUUUUACGGGAUGCUGCGGUUUGGGCCGGCUUGGGUAGUUGCCAUGACUUCGAUUCCGUGGCCGCUGGGCGUCCUUGGCAGCCUUUCCGUCAUUGGCCCCGGAACACGUGGCUUGGGGAGAUUUGCGCCCCGAUUGGUCGCGGCUCCAAGGGGGAGGAAGCCGCGGGACGUGUCCGUGGCUGUGUGCUAGGUGCGCUCUCGGCGUCCCUCCGCUUGGGUUUGCUCCCCUCCUCGCCUGGCCUCGGGCACGGAGACCCUGGCGGCGUUGCUACCUCGCUCCCGCUCCCGCUCCCACUCCCACCCCCACUCCCACCCGCGGCUGUCCCGGACCCGUCUCUCCCUACCCCUUGCCGAGGCUUCCCAGCAGUCGCCGCUGCCACAUCCGCACCUGCCACUGCCGGGCCUACCCCCAGGUUUAUCCCCGGGGCCACCGCCGGCCCCGUCUCUAGCCGAGCGUCCGCUACUACCGGAGCUGCCAGUGCGGCCGUCACCGCUUUCUCCCCGCGGCCCUCCUGGCGCCUACGUGGCGCUACCCCCGCUGCCUACGGAGGCAUCCGCGCUUCCCUUACCCCCGCCGCCUGCCCUAUCCGAUCUGCCUCGCCUGCCCCGCGGGCCCCUAGCUGCUCCCGCCCACCUGCCGCUGCCGCCGCUUCCUCUGGCCUCCGAAGGGCCCCGGCUGGUGGCGCGCCCCCCGCGGCCGGGGCCCCUGGCCGGUCCCCCAGCACAGCUGCUGCCACCGCUGCCCACCCGCCCCACCUUCCUGCGUCUUCUCGCCCCGCCGCCCGCCACCUGCCCGGCGCUUCCGCGCCUACCUCAGGAGCCUUUCCCCGUGGCGGCCCAUCCCCAGGAGCACCAUCCGCUGCCCGCUUUCCCUAGCUCCCCCACUCCAUCCCUCCCAUCGCCCCACUUUUUCGUUACCUCGCCCAGCUCCUGGCCCAGCGAGCGGGUUGCUUUACAGAAAAAUAGCCCCUGAGCACCUAAAAUUUCUGCCCUUCCUCUCCCAAGCUGAGCCCAGGGUACCAUUGUCCCUGUCUUGCAGACACCCUCGACGGGUGGUACGCACUAAGUAGCCCUUUGAUGGCUUCAAAAGAUCUGCCCUUCAGCCCUGUGUUGCAGACUGUGCUCCUGUGCCUCCAGCCACCUCUCGCUGGCCUCUGCCUAUGACCUCUGUGUCUCCCAAAGGGGUAGACCCCGUCUUCUGGGGAAGAGACACAGCAGGAGUAGCAUAUGUAAGAGCAGUGAUAUCUUUCUACUGUGUGGCUGCAGCUGACUACUAGAGGCCUAAUGUCCCAAAAGAUGAAUCCAGACCAAGUGACCAGUCAGGAGUUUGGCUUUCUCUGGGAGAAAAAGAUUCUACCUCUGGUGUGACUGAGCCAGAAGAUUUAGUCAAAAGAAGUUCAGCAUCCCUGGAUACCAUACCCUGAUUGGGAAUGGUAGCUUUCCUUUUUCCUGGUGGUUCUGAGUUAUUUGUUAGAUUCCAAAUCCUCUGCUUCCUCAUCUCCUGCCUGUGACUUUUUCCUCAGAUCUCUGACCUUAUUGAAGCUUUAUACCCUACCUUGAGCCAGAAAUUCUGAGUAGCAUAGAUCCAAGUUGGGAAGAGUUCUGCUUGUGUUGUCUUAUUCAUUCUUUGUCUCUGUGUUUACCUCACAAGCUGGAGCUGGGUCUGAUUUCCUGCUCCAAGUGUCACAGAACUGACAGACAUUCAGACAAAUGUGAAAUCACCCUCAGAGUUCCUGGCUCUAGAAACAAAACAGAGUUGGAAGAGUUUGCAUAAUCUGGAGAGGGAGUUUACUAAUUUACCCAGAAGCUGGGUGAAGAGGUGAGACUGGGAAUGGAGGAGUGAGGUCAAAGGUCAGACCCACUGAAAACUGGGAAAAGAAAAGCAUGUUGUAAGAAGAAUUUGAAGGAAUCAGUCUAUUCAUUUCUGAAUCUCCCUAGACCAGGCAAGUGUUGAUGAAAUAAAUCAGCUAUCUAUAAACUGGAUAAUUAGAUCACAGUCUCCUUUAGCCCUUCAAAAACUGAUUGGACUGUAAACUGAUAAGACUGAUCUGCCUAGGAAUCUCAGUGUUCUAUACAGGUUUAGAGUUAAAGGUUAAACAGUCAUUAUUAAAGCCCACAGUAUUAUAGGGCAUGGUUUUGCCUGUGAAGAGUUUAUAAUCUGAAAAUGUGUCCCCUACCCCUGGUCAUAUCUAUUUCCCUUUCCAUCUUGGAGCAACCCAAAUUAUAAAAAAUUUCUGGUUUUAAUGUUGGAAAUUUAUAACCGAAUAAAGUUAUUUUUUGGUUUUGUCUA